GUAUAGUGCCCCAAUUCAAUUCAUUCUCACUACAGUCCAGAAACAGCAAUGGGUUAUUAAUACCUUUUAGCGAUUAAUACCUUUAGCGAUUAAUAUCACUGGUCUGGACCAAUGCCCCAACGUCCCAACGUUCCAAUGUCCUUUUCUUCAUUUAUAAACGAUCAAUCAAAAAAAAAAUAAAAAAAAAAUAGCUCCGUGAAUUUUCUCUCUCUCUUUCACUUCUCAUCCUUACCAUUGUCUCUCAUUUUCCUCUCUCCCCUCCACUUCCUCUUAUUUGCACACAGAGUUUAGUCUAAUUUUUAACAUGCUCAAGUUAACAACAACGUCGAUGCUUACAUCGUCCACUAGAAUCCUGAGACAACCCUUAGCUAGGGCAACCACCAUCGCUCUCUCGCGUUACAACGCCGCUACCGCCACAAGACUCUUCUCCAUUUCCUCUUCCGCAAAUGUUGCUAACACCAAUACUCCUACUGCGCCCCGUCAUCCCAGAGUGUUAGUCACCGGCUCCUUGGGCCAACUCGGUUCUGGUUUGGUCAAAGAACUUCGUCAAAUGUAUGGCAAUGAAAAUGUGGUUGCCUCCGAUAUCCGUAAGCCUUCAGAUGAAUUCGCAGCCAACGGCCCCUUUGUUUGCGCUGACGUUUUGAACUACUCUUUACUCGACCGUAUUGUGGCCGAUUGGCGCAUUGACUGGAUCGUGCAUUAUUCAGCGCUCCUUUCUGCUGUUGCGGAGAAGAAUCCUGCCUUGGCCCUGAGUGUCAACAUGACUGGAGUACAAAAUGUAUUGGAGCUUGCAAAGAUACAUCGUCUGAGAAUCUUUGUGCCCUCAACAAUUGGUGCAUUCGGUCCAUCGACACCCAAGUACAACACUCCUGACUUGACCAUUAUGCGGCCCAAUACCAUCUAUGGUAUUACCAAGCUGCAUACUGAGCUUCUUGGCGAGUACUACCGUGAAAAAUUUGGCGUUGACUUUAGAUCAGCCCGCUACCCGGGCGUUCUUAGUGCAGAUGUCCCUCCUGGUGGCGGAACGACCGACUAUGCCGUCGACAUUUUCCAUCACGCUAUCCGCCACGGCCAUUACACCUGCUUCUUAUCCAAAGACACACGUUUACCGAUGAUGUACCUAGAUGACUGUAUCAGAGGCACAAUUGAUCUUCUCACGUACCCAACUAUGCUACCUCAAUCUGUGUAUAAUAUUACAGCGGUCUCAUUCACACCAGAAGAGCUGGCCAAUGAGAUCCGCAAGCACCUCCCACAUUUCACGAUGUCGUACUCUGAUCCAGCGCGUCCAGAUUUCCGUCAGGCUAUUGCAGAUUCAUGGCCAGCCUCAUUGGAUGACUCGAUGGCACGCAAAGACUUUGGGUGGAAGGAAGAGUAUGGUCUUGAGAGAAUGGUCAAGUUGAUGCUCGACAAGAUCCAGGCACAGGUGGAUGCAGAGAAGAAGAGCGCGCCGAUUGAUAGUCCCUCAACAACGGCUGCCGUGGCUGCUUAGAUAACUCCUUAUUUUCUGUUGCAUUCUCACAUUCUUCUGAGUAGUCAAUCUUUGAUACACCUCAUCCAUAGAUCCAGACAAGUUGAGUGUGCAUCACACUCAUCGCAUUUGCAUUUUAUUCUUUUAUCUACUUGUUUUAAUAAAUAGUUACAAUAAUACAAAGC